AUGAAGUUCAUCUCACUCACCAUUAUGAUUAUGUCUGCCACAAUGCCAGUACUGUGGGUUAUAGUGCAAAACCCCCUGAACAUGCCAUGCAACAUUCCUGAAGAGUACGGUUGCGGAUACCUCGCGGGUUAUAACAACGACAAUCCCUUUUUGUAUUACUGUUCGGUACGGUACAUUAUGGCUACCGUUAAGCCUUGUAGCUGUGCGAUUUGCUGUAGCGUCAAGUACGGAGGUGUUGAGCAGAAGUGUGUAUAGUAGACUUGCUCAUAAUGCAUGCAUGCAUAACGCAUAAGCCUUGGAACUACUUUUUGCGUUAUAUCAGAGGCCUUAUUUGGGUGGUCUAGGCCCGCAGUGUUGCUUCAUAUCAGUACCUACUUCAAUAUACUUACAGCUAUGUAAGUGAAUACAGGUGUCAAAAUUCAAAAACUCGUCUUCCUUUACCUCAAACAUGCAUGCCCAAACCCACAAGCCACAGGAGAGGCCAGCGGCACCCUACAAACAACGCUCGCAGAAAAUUCCAAAGACUACUAGAGAUGCACCUGCUACUCACCUAAAUCUCGUUCGCGAAGCAAGUAGUACUACUGGACUAGUGUACUUGCAAAUCCUGUGUUACUUCGACAAUGUCAAAUAUUUUCAUGUGAAAGCGGUCCUGGGUCAGCAGAUUUAC